CGUUUCGUGACGUCACGUCUCUCUGGACGAAAUAUGAUGCUGCAGCUGGUGCACGUGGUCUGUUGUUUACUUCUUCCAGGAACAUUGGAAGCGCUGUUGAGGAGGAGAGGAAGACGAGAGGGAGGGGGAGGGAGAAUUGUGAAACAGCUUUCCUGGAUAGAGUUACAUUACUCAGCAUUUGUUCAGUCAGAGAGAUUAUCGUCGCGAGUAUGUCGAGCUGAAUUUCCCCUGUUUUUCCUCUUGAAAAGGCUCUUCACGCAGCGCGAGACUGCAACAACCAAAAUGCCUCAACUAGGAAACCUGUUAACCCAGUUUCAUCUCAGCUCCAAACCCUCAGAAAGUCCAGGGCAACACGCACAACAGACUCCAACACUCCCUGAUUUUUUACAACAUGUCAGGAAACUCACCGGGCUGAGAAAUGAAGAUAUUUACAGCAACUUGCGUAUUCCCAACCAGCUAAAAAGCACCAAAGAUGACAUCAACGUUGUUAUCCUCACAGGUCAUGGGAUCUUCUGCGUAGAUAUAAAACCCUGGAGAGGCACAGUGUCUGCUCACAACCAAAACUGGCAAGUGAAAGUGAAAGAAGAGGACCAAAACUUUACCAAUACUUGCAUCGAGCAGAUUGAAGACCCCCUCAAAGCUAUUGUGACCAAGACGACAAACUUGUGUGGUCAUUUGAAGCGAAGUGGAUUCGCUGUGCGCCAAAGCCUUUUCCUCCCCAGAGUUAUCUUCCUCUCUCCAGACUGUGAGCUGGACGAGGACCUGAGGGAAAAGAGGGAGCUGGUCUCCCACAGCCAGUUAGAUGACUUCCUCAGGUCUUUCAAGGAGGGCUACAUGGCCUGGAUAUCAGACGCACUGACUCCCUCCUGGCUCUCUGGUCAUCUGUCCUACAAGCAGAUGGAGUCAGUACGAGAGGUCCUGAGAGGGGUGGGAACGUGGGACCUGAUGCGGCUGCACUGUGGCGAGCAGCUGAAAGGGGACUAUCAGGGCUGCCAGUUCAUCGCUGUUGAUCGACGGGAGACAGACGUGCUCGAGUUUUCCCGAGUCAAGACCCUGUCAGCUGAUUCGCUGUGGGCUCUGCUGGGACACGCUCCUCAGCACUAAGCCGCUGUGAAGAGUCCCGUGGAGAGAUUCUGCAUCCGUCAAUUUGAGGAUGACUCAAUGUGUUUCCUCCAAAUUCAUCACCCAGCAUGCAAUAGCAGUCACUGUUAAGGGCUCUUCACAUGCUCUUUUGUUAAUUUAGUUAAACAUCAACCAGUAGAGUUCAUGUUUUACACAUUCCUACUUAACACAGGUGGAGAUUGAGUUUCUGUAAAUUUGAAUACAUGUUUAAAAUAAAGCUCCAAACCAUUAAUAUUCAUUAGAAAAUAAUUUCUUUGAAUGCGGAAUGAGUUGUCGACACCCACAGUAGGUUAUACACUCUGUGAUUAAAUAUUUUAUAUUAUACAAUGCAUACAUUAUUUCAACAGCUAGAAGAGUCACAAAGACAAAGAGUGAUCUGCCUUUUGUUGUGGUAAUAAUUAAAAAACAUGUUCUUCUACUGAAGGCAGUGAGAUAGUCGGAAAAGUUGUGUAAUCUUCAAAACGGAGAUGUGAUGCGCUUACUUUAGUAAUGUCUUUGUUUGGUUGAAAAUGAUCAAAUGUGUAAGAAAAAUGUAUUAAAGCUCCAGUGAGUAA